AUGCAUCAUCUACUAAAGAAAUUAGAAACAAGAAAAAAGGCAAAAACUGAUGAUGAAUCUAAUGGUGAAAAUGAAUGGAAAGAAGCUACUGCAAAAUAUAUAACAUUAAGUGUCGAUAAUGAUGUCAAUUAUAUCGAUCGAACAGCAACAGCUAGUAUUAAUAUAGGAACAGACGCUUAUUUUGAUAAUGAUACGGUCCUGGGACAGUUUGAAAGGCUAUUUCAAAUGCUAGAAUUCAAACAAGACUACAAGCAUAACCAGAUAGAAAUCGUUGUCGACAAUGCAAGAACGCACGCUGCGAAGUCAUACUCAUUACAAGAAUUUGGUAAAAAAAUUGGUACUCGUUGUCCUAUUGAACAAAUCGAAUAUGUUGAUGAAAAUGGCGUACAAAAACUUAUUGAUUGUUAUUUUAAAGAGGGAGAAAACAAAGGUAAAUCAAAAGGUUUAGUUGAACUAUGUAAAGAUUUGGGUGUACAAUUACCCGCUAAAAUUAAAUUAGACGACAUUCGUGAUAUACUUUCAAUGCAUCGAGCUUUCCAAAAUGCUACAAAACUUGAGAUGCUAGGAAUUAAAUAUAAAAUUAAGAUUAUAGACUGUCCUAAGUAUCAUUGCGAACAGAAUGCAAUCGAAGAUCUUUGGUGUAAUCAAAAGGCAUUUGUUCGCUCACGUACAGAUCAAAGCUUCGAUUAUCAUUUUAUCGAAGUUCACAAAUUCACAAAAAGUUCACAAAAAAAGGGUCGCAGUAAACAAAUUCAGAAAAGUUAA